GUCGUGACGUACCCGGACGCGUCUGAUCAGCAGCUGCAGCUAGCAGCGGCUAACCGCUAACACCUGAAGCUCGGAGCAGACAGACAGACAGACAGACAGACAGGGUCUCUGUGUGUCUGUGGAUGGAAGUGUGGAGCUCUGCGAUGGGACCGGAGAGAGUCUUACCGAGCUCCGAGGACGAGCUGGGAGAGGACGAGCGUCCGGCCGACGGAGCGCUGCUGCCGGUGGGGGCCGUGUGGAAUGGUGGGGAGGGAGGGGGUGAGGACGAGGAGGGGGAGGAGGAAGAGGAGGAGGGGGGAGAGAUGGAGCUGGAUGGAGAGGAGGAGGAGAACAGUGGAGGAUAUUAUUACCAACCUCUGAACCAAGAUCCUGACGGUCUGAACGCCAGCGAGCCCCCGGAGGAGGAGGGGGAAGAGGAGGAGGAGGAGGAGGAGGAGGACAGGGGGGGGCAGCAGGAGGAGGAGGAAGCACCAUCACACGCCGAGCAACUGCAGCAGGUGCAGCAGAGGAUAGAGGUGAUGGGCCUCCACCUUCCUGAAGCUCCUCCCCCUGACAGUGAUGAGGAGGAGGACCCUGAGGGGGCGGCGGCCCUGAGGAGCCGCGCCUCCAUCCCCAUGGACGCAGACCACGUGGAGCUGGUGAAGCGGACGAUGGCGGCCGUGGCGUUGCCGUCUCUCGGCGUGCCGGCGUGGGCCCAAGAGAUCUCCGACGACCAGUGGAAGGACAUGGUCCAGCACACGCUGCAGAGCCGGCAGAGCGCUGGCGCCCUGCGCAUCAACCGCAGGAACAACAUCAACGGACCCUGAAUGCACCACUGCCACUUCAGGGACACUGACAGAGGGCCGGGAAAUGACAGGAGGAAGGUGAUAAGUCGUUCUGUCGGACUGAACCAGUGAAUCACAAACAUCAGUUUCACUUCAGUGACAUUAAAACUUUAAGAUUCAAUCUGAACCUGAAGAAGCUGCUGACUUUUUAAUUUUAGUUUUUAAUUUUUUUAUUUCUACUUUUGUCUCAGAUUCAAAUCCUGAACCUUUAACUCAGAGUUCAGUUUCAUGUCGAGAUCAAACUCCAGUUUAUUUUAGUCUUAACUCAGUGUCCUGGGGGAGGAGCUUAUGUCUCACACUGAUUCCAGUUUUUCAUCAAUAAAUAACUGAAGGAUCAAUGUUUCUCCACUGGAGGAAAUUAAUCUGUGACAGUCAAAACCAGGAAUCUGAAUUCUUCAGAGAAACUUUAGGAUCAAAUUCAUUUAUAGGUUCAGAAUCGUUUGGAAACGAUCAGUCGAUUCAUUAAUUAAUCAAUUGGAAGAAAAUAUAUCAGCAACUGUUCUAAUAAUCAAUUCAUUGUUUACAUUUUUUUUUUAAAGCAAAAGUGACAAAAUGUAUUUUCAGUUUCUCUUUAGGUUUUUUCUGUUGCUCGGACCAAACCAGAUCAAUAAUCGAUUAAUAAAGGAAAUAAUUGGCAGAUAAAGGUUUUAUAAAAUAAAUUAAGAACAUUUUUCUCAGGUCAAACAGACUUUUAAAAAAAAUGUUAACAGGUCACAGACCUUAAUGUUGAAAUAUAAAUAAUAAUUGAUUGAACUCGAUCAAGGCUGUAACUAAUGAUUCUGAUCAUUUCCUCAUUUCAUUGAAGAAAUCAGAUUCAGUUACUGUGGAUAGAAACAUAGAAGAACAUCAGCAGAUCUACGUCUUCAUCAAACUAAACUCCCUUCACUUUAAUCUUCAUGUUUUUGCCUUAAACAGUUAAAGUUUAGAAAAUAUAGAAAAUGUGAAUCAGCCUUAAAAACAUUCUCAGAAACUCGACGGAGGAUUUGAGCUCAGAGCGUUUGGAGGUUCAGUUAAAAUGUGAGGUGAGAUUGGAUUAAAGCAGGAAGUGGGUUCAGUCCUGACAGACGACGCUGAGGGAAUAAUGUCUGAAACACACCUGUACUGAGUCAAACUUGAUCAAUCAUCUAAAUGAUCGGCUGAUAAUCGAUCAGCUCCACCUUCACAUCCUUUAAUGUUACUGAACUCACACUCGGCUUCUGUCCACUGGUCGUUUCCUCUGUGGUUGUUGUUUAUUAAAGCGUCAGCAGGUGUGAACAGACGGAGGGCGACACCUGGUGGCUGCUUUUAUUUUUUCAUCCUGUUUCUUCAGAUCAUGAGUUUAAAAAGUUAAAGCUGCUCUGAACGUUUUUCAUUACGAGAGAGAAGCAGAAGUUUUCUGGAUUUUCAGAUUCAGGGAACGUGACAGAAACAGACGUGAGUUUUUUAUUAUUUUUGUUUAAAGCUGCUGCUCACCUGUCGUCCAACAGCACAGGUGAGUUCACUUGUUGCCUGAAUCAACCUCUGGGAAAAUCGGGAGAAAACCAGUUACACAAAGAUAAUUAACUGGUGAUGUUGAGAAAACAGUGUAAAAAUAACUUUAAUUAGAGCUGCAAAUGUCAUUCCAUUGAUUUUUGUAAUUUUUCAAAUAAAAAUGACAAAAAUUCAGUUUUUUCUUAAGUUGUGAAGCUUUAAACUAAAAAUAUCUGAGUGUCAGUUGUGAUAUUGUUUAUAUAUUAUUAUACAUUAUAUUAUUUCUGUUUAUAAACCAAAUUAUUAAUCAAUUAAUAGAGAAAAUAAUCUGCAGAUGAUGAUGAUCAGUUGCAGCUCUAAUUGCAGCCACCGUCGUCUCCUUCUGUGGGUGUGAAGGAAACUUCCUGUUUGAUUUUCAGUGUAAAAUGUUGAUUAUUUUUUAGGAUAAAGUCACAUUUUACUUUUGAAGCCUUUUAAUGAUGUUCAACUUAUUUUUAAUUGUUUUUUUCUCAGUGUUUUGAUUGUACAUGAAUUGAUCUGAUCGUGUGUGUGUGUGUGUGUGUGUGUGUGUGUGUGUUUAAUGACUGUUGGUGUAAAACAGAAACUGAUUGUCAAACAUGUCCACUUUAUUUCUUUUAUUUUCUUCUGUACAUACAUGAACAUCUGUACAAAAUCAGACUUUCAUACUAUGUAAUGCUUCUAACUAAUUAAAGUACAACGUAUGUACAGGA